AUGGCCCUUACGCAUCACACGCGGGGAUCCCUACACUUCUGGGCUCCUGAGGAGCGCGGGGAGACUCAGGCCCCGAGGUCUGGAGGACUGGUCUCGCCCAUCAGAGCUCUGGGCGGCCAGGCUGUGGGCCAGCGCUGGGCGAUUCCCAUCUCUGCAAAGCGAGUGCCUGGGACAGUGGCUGGAAGCCACCUCAUCUAUUGGGCUGUCUCUGUGGCUCCGGAGCUGACACGGUUAGAGAAGCCUUGGGAGCAGGUCCCCAAAAAGCCAAAGCGCAAGAAAAGGCGGCGCCGCAACGUGAACUGCCUCAAGAACGUGGUCAUCUGGUACGAGGACCACAAGCACCGCUGUCCCUACGAGCCUCACCUGGCGGAGCUGGACCCCACCUUCGGCCUGUACACCACAGCCGUGUGGCAGUGUGAGGCCGGCCACCGCUACUUCCAGGACCUGCACUCACCGCUGAAGCCCCUCAGCGACUCGGACCCCGAAAGCGACAAAGUGGGUAACGGCCUGGUGGCCGGAAGCUCCGACUCGUCCAGCUCCAGCUCGGGCUCUGACUCCGAGGGGCCUCCAGAGAGUCACCCAGCCAAGGGCUCCUCGGUGGUGACUGCCGCAGCGGUGACAGCGGUGGCCGUGCCUCCCCCCAGCCCCGUGGGCAGCAGCGGGCUCAUCACGCAGGAGGGCAUGCACAUCCCCUUCGACGUCCACCACGUGGAGAGCCUGGCCGAGCAGGGGGCCCCGCUGUGCCCCAACCCUGCAGCCAGCAGCCCCGAGGCCCUGGAGGCAGUGGUGUGCGUGCCCGUGCCGGUGCAGGUGGGCGCCGGCCCCGGCACCCUCUUUGAGAAUGUGCCCCAGGAGGCACUGGGCGAGGUGGUGGCCGGUUGCCCCGUGCCAGGCAUGGUGCCCGGCUCGCAGGUGAUCAUCAUCGCAGGCCCUGGCUACGAUGCCCUCACGGCCGAGGGCAUCCACCUCAAUGUGGCCGCAGGCAGCGGCACCCCCAGCAGCGGCCUGGGCGAGGAGGUGCCCUGUGCCAUGAUGGAGGGCGUGGCAGCCUACACUCAGACGGAGCCCGAAGCCAGCCAGCCCAGUGCCAUGGACCCCACCUCUGUAGCCGGCAUGGAGACCAAGAAAGAGAAGGAGGACCUGCACGUGCUCAAAAAGGAGAAGGAGGAGCCGGCGGCCCCACAGCUGGCAGAGCUGGCAGCGACGCUGCCCGAGAGCACAGAGCCUGAGGCCGAGGUGGACGGCGAGGAGCCAGACAGCAGCAACAUGUCUGCCAUCAUCUACGAGAUCCCCAAGGAACCUGAGAAGAGGCGGCGGAGCAAGCGGUCGCGGGUGACGGAUGCCGAUGGCCUGCUCGAGAUGUUCCACUGUCCCUACGAGGGCUGCAGCCAGGUCUACGUGGCCCUCAGCAGCUUCCAGAACCACGUCAACCUCGUGCACCGGAAAGGGAAGACCAAAGUGUGCCCUCACCCCGGCUGUGGCAAGAAGUUCUACUUGUCCAACCACCUGCGGCGGCACAUGAUCAUCCACUCAGGGACAGGAGUUCCAAUCCCGGCUCUGCUUGGGCGCGAGGCUGGACAGUGACCUGCCACUUCAUAUCAUCUUCUGUCAUCAUUAGAAGGGACAGAGGCUCUGGCAGGAGGUGGGGUCUGGCCGGCCUGCACCCCCAGGCCUGGGAGCCGCCGCCGCUGCCUCUGUAGCACGCCAAGGCCACCCUGCAGCCCCCGCCCAAGGG